CGAGACUCUAGAGUGUUUAAUAUAAUUGACUUUUCAAAAGAAGUUACUAUUAAUUAACCUGGAAUCAACUUGUAUGAGAAAGAAGAAGGAAUCAACCCAUAAAAAUGGAACACAAGCCGAUUCAAUACCAACAACACGUCAAUCUUGAACUCCAUUUAGGUGCUUCUAUAAGAUGUCUCUCUUUCAUGGCAAAAUUCUUCACCUCUGGUUCUCUUUCAUGUGUAUUGCUGUACAGCUUACAAUAUCACUGAUAGAGCCAAAUUUACAGAGUCUAUAUUGUGAAGUGAGAAAACAUGGGUCUUCUGCGGAAAAGCUUGGAUGCCAAGUUUAAUGACAUUAGUAAACAAGCUGUUUCAAGGAAUGCCAUCUUAAAGAACAAGUGUCAAGUACGAGGAUCCUUUGCUCGCUCUGAUGUCGUUCAAUUCUUGAACCUGGGUUGCCAUGCCAGGGCUCUCCUUCGAGUGGAGCAAUUAAUAAGAGAGCAAAACAUGGUGGAUGUGUUUGUUAUGAUAGAAAACUACUGCAACUUUCUGAGAGGAAAAGCCAAUCUUGUUGAAAAGAACAGCGAGUGCCCUGAGGAGAUCAAAGAAGCAAUAUCAAGCCUCAUCUUUGCAUCAUCUAGAUGUGGAGAAUUUCCAGAGCUUCAAAAGAUUCGAGAGAUUUUCACUUUCAGAUGUGGGAAAGAAUUUGCUGCUCGUGCUGUGGAAUUGCACCAAAAUAACAGAGUGAACUUCAAGAUGAUACAGAAGCUUUCAGCUAGACGGCCAGCCUUGGAAAUCAGGCUGAAAGUGCUGAAGGAUAUUGCUGCAGAAAUUGGAGUUACUUUGCAAUUGGACCAAGACUCUAGAUUGCCAUAUGAGCACGAGGAAGAAGAGCAGGAAAGAAACAAGUCAAGCACGGGCAAAUAUCUUACGCCUACAGAAAACACCCAACAGUUUUCUGCAUAUGUAGCUCAGCAUGAACAUUAAACAGACGAGAUUUUGCAGAGUAUAAACGGUGGUUUUAGUAUUGAAGAAUUAGGAAAAUCAAAUUCGACUUGUUGAACCAAAAC